UUCUUCUCUCCACCACUAUCCAGAACCCUAAUAACCCAACUCAUAAAACCAAAACCCUAAUAACCAUGUCUUCUCCUCAAAAGAAGGUGCAGCCCAUCUCCGACGACAGCUCGGACUCUAGCCGCCCCAUCAGUAAAAUCCCUGGCAGCUAUGGGAUUCCUUUCAUCGGUGCAAUCAAAGACCGUCUCGACUACUACUACAACCAAGGCCGAGACAAUUUCUUCAAGAUCCGUAUGCAGAAAUACGGAUCAACUGUCUUCCGAUCCAACAUGCCGCCAGGACCGUUCAUGGCCAAAGACCCACGAGUCAUCGUCCUCCUCGACGGAAAAAGCUUCCCCGUCCUCUUCGAUGUAACCAAAGUCGAAAAACGCGACGUCUUCACCGGCACUUACAUGCCUUCCACCUCACUCACCGGUGGCUACCGAGUCCUCUCCUACCUCGACCCGUCCGAACCCAACCACACCAAAAUCAAACAGCUCCUCUUCUUUCUACUUUCCACCCGUCGUGACAAAUUCAUACCAGAAUUCCACACAAGCUUCAGCACCCUCUUCGAUAAUCUCGAAGCCGGUAUUUCUAAGAGUGGGAAAGCCGAUUUUAACUCUCUAAAUGACGUUACAUCCUUCGAUUACCUUUCGCAGGCGUAUUUCGGUGUUAACCCUUCCGAUACUAAGCUCGGCUCGAAAGGGCCAACAAUCGCCGCGAAAUGGCUUUUGUUCCAGCUUCAUCCAUUGAUGACUCUGGGACUGCCUAGGCUUGUGGAGGACCUCCUUCUCCAUACAUUCCAUCUUCCUCCGUUCCUCGUGAAAUCCGAUUACAAGAAGCUCUACGAUUUCUUCUACGGGGCAUCAACUAAAAUUCUAGACGAGGCGGAGAAGUUGGGAAUUAAAAGAGAUGAAGCAUGCCAUAAUAUUCUCUUCGCCACGUGUUUUAACACAUAUGGUGGGAUGAAGGUGUUAUUCCCAGGGAUAUUGAAGUGGAUCUCUCUUGCAGGCCCUGAGCUGCAUAAGCAGCUUGUAGAUGAGAUCCGAUCAACCGUUAAAUCCAACGACGGGCAGGUAACGUUAGCAGCUAUUGAGAAGAUGCCGUUAACGAAGUCCGUUGUGUAUGAGGCUUUGCGGAUCGAACCACCAGUUAUGUUCCAGUAUGGGAAGGCGAAGAAGGAUCUGAUUAUCGAGAGUCAUGAUGCAGCAUUUGAGGUCAAGAAAGGGGAGAUGAUUUUUGGGUUUCAGCCAUUUGCGACGAAAGAUCCAAAGAUUUUCAAGGAUGCUGAGAAAUUUGUCGGGAAUAGGUUUGUUGGGGAUGGCGAGAAGCUGCUCAAGUACGUUCUUUGGUCGAAUGGGCGAGAAACAGAGAAUCCAACGGUGGGAAAUAAGCAAUGUCCUGGGAAGGAUUUUGUUGGGUUGAUUGGGAGGCUUCUGGUGAUUGAGUUCUUCCUCCGUUACGAUACGUUUACGGCCGAAGUCGGGACUCAGCUGUUGGGGUCGUCGGUGACGGUGACGUCGUUGACGAAGGCCACCUGAAAGUUGUGAUGUUGCCGGAAAUGUUGUGGUGUGUCAGUUUCCGGUGUGUGGUAUCAGGGAUUUAGGUUCUAUCAGGCUACUGGUUUUCCGUUCUUUGUUUCUUCUUCAUAAUGAAUAAAGUGUAUGGUCCAGUAGUCAAAGGUUAGUGGCAGGAUCGUAAUUAUCUAAUGAAUAAUUUAAUUUUAAUUUUCCAAA